GCGGGAGGUGUAUAUAUCGCCAAUUCUCUGAGUACAACUGGCACAGUUUCUCGAUCAUUCGUACUAUCUUGUAAUCUUUGUGCCGGUCACGCCCCAUUCUCUAUUCUUCCCCAUCCACGUCAUCCACGUCCACUCAGUCAACAUGAAGUUCACUACUAUCAUCGCCGCCGCGACUUGCUCCAGCGCUGUCUUUGCCUGGUCUUUCAAGCGCGACCCUCAAGCUGACGUCGCCUCUAUUCUCGAGGCUCUUCGCGAGAACAACCCCGAGGAUGCCGAAGCUGCCGCAGCCGUCAUGAACGUCAAGCUUCGAGCUCGCGCCCCGGAGCCUCAGAACGACCUUGCCUCGAUCUUGGCCGCUCUCGAGGCCAACAACCCCGACGAUGCUGCCGCCGCUCGCCAGGGCGCCUCGUCCGCAGCCACCAAGCGUCAGUCUCAGAGCGAUAUUGACUCCAUACUUGCCGCCCUUGAGGCCAACAACCCCAGUGACGCUGCUGCGGCACGCCAGGGCGCAGGCAAGGCUGCCCCUACCAAGCGCGAGCCUCAGGAUGAUGUUGCCUCUAUUCUCGCGGCGUUGGCCGAGAACAACCCUGAGGACGCGGCGGCGGCCAAGGGUGCGAUCCAAAAGAGGCAGGCAGAGGCGGCUCAGGGCCAGGCCAAGCGCUGGUUCGCUUAGAUGUCUGCAAAGUGGUAGGCGAGGCGGCUUAAUGGUGUUGCUAAUUGCCAUUUGACUUUGGAUACGAUCGUACAUAGGGCUUUCUUGUGAAUGGGAAUGACGUUGAGCUCUACCACUGCUUAACACCACUGCUCGUAGUUAUAUUUUGAUGCUGACCUGCGAGGCGGCCAUUUCAGUUAUGCGUCAGACGAUGAUUUGAGCGGCAAUUCUUCUCUUUCCCUUUUCCUUCUCUCUUUGUAAUGUACCGGGCGGUUAAUGGCUCAAUUGAUUCCACGUAUUAUGAUCAAAAUGAACACGC